AUCAGCUGACCAAACAGAUCGGAGCUAAACAAGACGAUAAGAAGGACAAUUUCAAUUUCAUUUUGCCAAGGAGGGAGACGUUCUUCGAUAAGCCUUCAAUUACAAGGACAUGUUCCAGGAGUAAUUUAGUUGUGAAACAUCUGCAUUAUGUCGGGGAACAACUUGGUUCUACCCAUAGUGCUAUGGGGCCGCACCGCUCCCACCCACUGCAUCAGCAGCCUGCUGGUGAUGGACAACUUCAGCACCAUCAUCACCGGCUGCCACGACGGACAGAUCUGCAUCUGGGACAUGACGCCUGAGCUGGAGAUUUGUCCCCGGGCCAUGCUGUUUGGUCACACAGCCUCCAUCACCUGUCUGGCUAAAGCCAGUGCAUGCAGUGACAAACAGUACAUCGUCAGCGCAUCAGAGAACGGGGAGAUGUGUCUAUGGGAUGUGAACGAUGGACGCUGUAUUGAGUUCACCAAGCUGGCCUGUGCUCACACUGGCAUACAGUUCUAUCAGUUCACCAUCGGCACUGAGAAAGAGGGACGUCUGCUUUGCAAUGGCCACUACCCAGAAAUCCUUGUGGUGGACGCCACCAGCCUGGAGGUGCUGUACUCUCUGGUGUCCAAGAUCUCCCCCGACUGGAUCAGCUCCAUGAGCAUCAUCCGCUCGCACCGCACACAAGGUCAGAGACACAGGAUUAUAUAUAGAUUCAGAUCUGGAACA